AUGGAUGUCUUGGGGCUGACAGAGACGCACAGACCCGGCACUGCGAGGCUGCACAGUCGACAUAUCAACAUUUCGAUUGUGAUAGCUUAUGCUCCAACUGAGGAUGCAGCAGUCGGGGUAAAGGAUGACUUUUAUCAGCAGCUAUCUGGGGCAUUUGAUGAACUACCAGCUCAUGACGUGAAGUUUUUACUUGGAGAUCUAAAUGCUCGCAUUGGCCAAGAUAACUCAGCUUGGAUAUCUCCAGCAAUUGAGAAUCUUAGAGAUCAGUCCAAGGUUGAAGAGUACUGCAUUGCUCUUCAAAAUCGUUUUAGCUGCCUACCAAUGGAGGAGAAUCUUGAUGGAGAAUGGACAUUAGUUAAGGAUACUAUUAAAGCAGUGUCUAUGGAGGUACUGGGUGAGCGCCCCCGGCGCAGAAAGCAGCAGCAUUUGUCUCAGGAGACAAAAACUCUUAUUGCAGAACGCAGUAAGAUUAAACAGAUGGCGCCUAGUGACAACAACAAUAGGAGCGAGUAUUCUCGGGCCAACAAACUUGUCAAAAAGAGCUGCAGGAAAGACGACGAGAAUUGGGCUCUUAGAGUUGCAGCAGAUCUGGAAACAGCUGCUGUCCAUGGCCGUCAAAGGGAAGUCUGGCAACGGAUAAAAACACUGUCCGAUAAGAAGAAUCGAAAAUCAACUGCUGCAUUCUUUAAUGGAACUGUUAGUGCUGUUAGACACAAUGGUGAACCAUCAGAAUGGUUUGAAGUAAGUUCAGGCAGUGGCCAAGGAGACAUUCAGGGUCCCCCACUUUUUAAUGUCUGCCUCAAUGUGGCUGCUGAGAGAACAGAAAGCAACAAAGUGGUGUCCCACGGAGCGGUUCUCCAAAGAUCUAUCAGUCCGCUUGUUGAUGAUAUCACUGUGUUAGAUACAGAUUAUGCAGAUGACAUGGCUGUACUGGAUAACAGCGAGGAAGGUCUUCAUGAAACAACUGACCUUUUGUGUAUGUAUGGUGCCCAGGGAGGUCUUAGAAUCAAUGGUAAAAAGACUGAGGCUAUGGUCAUUGGUAAAGCAACCUCUCAACGGCCAUACACUAAAGAAGCCACAGUGAACAUCACUGUUGAAGACACGCCAGUGCAGCAAGUUAGUGACUUUACGUACUUAGGGAUGAAUUCGUGUCAACUACUUUUGGGACUACAGAUAAUAUCACAGAUAUCUCUGAAUAUUGGAUAUUCUCCUGAAGAUUGCACGGAUGCUGAAACAUGCUCCCAUUGCAUGAGAGCACACUAUACUUGCAAAUGGUGCAAGGAUGAAGAAUACACUGCCGUCAGAUGUCAGUCAAACUCUACUGUUCUGCAGCUGAACCUACAAGAUUGCGAAGAGUGGACCUUUCCUGUAUCAGAGACAAAUAAAACUGGACAAGAUUUCAGUAAUACAACUCAAGUUAAGCCUAGUAGAAUCGAGAUAACUUAUCUUAGACCAGGUGAAGAGAAAGAGAUAGCUAUUACAGUUAAAUCCUCUAAAGGUUUCCCUUUGGACGUGUAUUAUCUUAUGGAUUUCUCUUACUCCAUGAAAAACGAUUUGAAUCAGCUUAAAACCCUGUCUGACAGCGUUGUUGAAAGUUUGACGGAUGUCUCCUCAAGUUACGGAAUUGGAUUUGGCACUUUUGUCGAUAAACCAACCUUUCCUUUUGCUAAUUCAGAGCCUGGCAGAAUAGAAAUGCCAUGUGGGGAAAACGAAAUUUGCCAAGCGGUGCAUUCCUUUAACCACGAGAUGGAUAUUACUUCGUGUAAAGAAGAUGAAGAAAGCUGCCAAGCUAAAGCUGAUUUCACUGAAAGACUAAACGAUAUUAAGAUCUCGGCCAACAUAGAUGUUCCUGAAGGUGGAUUUGAUGCAAUCGUUCAGGCUGCUGUUUGCUCGAAGAUUGGUUGGAGAACUGUAGCUCGUAGAGUCCUCUUCUUUGCAACUGAUGCUGUGUUCCAUAUGGCUGGGGAUGGUAGGUUAGCUGGGAUAAUCAGACCUAACAGGGCACAAUGUGGAAUGGGUGAGGGGAAUACUUAUACCAGAAGCUUGGAUGAGGAUUACCCUUCAAUAGGGCAGCUAAACAAAGUCCUGACAGACCAACAGAUAAUACCAAUAUUUGCUGUUACAGAAAGCGUUAAAAAUGACUACCAGAACCUUUCAGAUAGUCUCACUCAGCUCUCGUCUGUUGGUACGCUCAGCGACGACUCUAAAGACGUGGUGAACCUGAUAAGAGAGAAGUUAGAGGAUAUCGUGAAGAAAACACAGUUGAACCCACGGACUCCCCCAGGGGUCUCUGUUGUCGUGACCCCUAAAUGCGCCGGCGAACAGACGGAGACGACAAAUGGGUGUUUCAAUGUAAAAAUGGAAGAAGAAGUGAACUUUUCUAUAGUUGUCAAGGUGGACCAGUGUUAUGACGAGGGAAACAACACCUACAACUUCGACAUCGAGAUACCAGGAAUAUCAAAGAUACCCGUCUCCCUGUCCGUGACGUGCACGUGUCCGUGUGAGGAUCACGUGGCUAUAAAAUCUACCACGUGUUUGGAGUCAGGUGACCUAGUUUGUGGGGCGUGUCAGUGUUACGGGGACGCUGUGGAGGGGUCCUGUGUUGAUGAGAGUGGUGAUGUUUGUGGGGGAGAGGGGUACGGCAGGUGUGUCUGUGGCAGAUGCGAUUGUUACGAUCAGAGAUACGGAGAUUAUUGCGAGUGCAGUGAUUCCACCUGUCCACGUGAUCUGCAGGGUACACUUUGCUCUGGAAAUGGAGACUGCUCCUGUAACGUGUGCCAAUGUGACGUAGCAAACGGUUCUGUGUUAUUUACCGGAGAGGAUUGUGGUUGUCGCGUUUCAAAAGACGAGUGCAAACAAGAUCUGCUGGAGUGCUCAGGACCCUCAAACGGUGAAUGCGUCUGUGGGGAGUGUCAGUGUAAACCGGGUCACACUGGUAAAUACUGCGAUAUUUGUCAGGAAUGCGGCCCUCUCGACUGUUCUCUUUACGUGGGCUGUGUGAAAUGUGUUCAUGGUGGGGGUUCAGAUAACUGUGAGUGUCCUGGAGAAGCUGACCUGUCUAAUAGUCCAACUAUCAACUCAGCUGCAUUACAAGGAAGACACAAACAAUGUCCCCCCGUUCCGGACGAACUGGACGAAACAUGUGAUAUAAACUUUGUGAUAGAGUACACAGAUUACGGAUCUGCCAAACAGCGAACUCUGAAUCGGAUACUCAUUGACAGACAACUUGAUUGUCCCACCCCGCCAAAUAUCGUGGCUAUAGUGGCUGGUGGGGUCGGGGGAAUACUGACUGUUGGAGUCCUCUUGUUGGUUCUCUGGAAAGUUUACACAUCUUUGGUGGUGAGUUCCAACUUUUAA